AUGAGGAUCACAACAUCCAUCGCAUCACUCUGCCUACUUUUCAUCGCCCUCGUUAAUGCUGUCUCUGUCUCUGUCUCCUUCGACCAAGUGUAUGACAACCGCGCGGGUUCUAUGACCACUGUCGCUUGCUCCGACGGCGUCAACGGCCUUAUCACCCGGUUUGGCUUCCAGACGUUUAGUGCCGUACCCACAUUCCCUAAUAUCGGGGGAGCGGGUGUUGUUGCUGGGUUUAACUCGCCCAAUUGCGGCACAUGCUGGUCUUUGAGUUUCCAGGGCACGACUGUCAAUGUCACAGCCAUUGACCAUGCUGGGGCAGGGACGUUCAAUAUCGCCCUCGCUGCGAUGAACACCUUGACGAAGGGAAAUGCAAUUCAGCUGGGGAGGAUUACUGCGAAUGCCACACAGGUAGCAGCAUCCGCCUGCGGUCUGUGA